AUGUUUAAAGCAAUUUAUGAAGAUCCUAAUAUUCAUCUUACAUGGCCAAAAGUUUUAAUUAUAGAUAAAGCUGAACGUGAUCACCAAAAAUUUAAGAAACAUUCCUAUAUUCAUCAAGAUGCUGUAGAUUUUUUCAUUUACUAUUAUUUGAGAGAUGUCAAUUUUGCUAUAAAAAAAGCUUUAAAGAAUGAAAAAAUAAUUGCUAAACCAUCUGUAAAACAUCAUAGACCUAUUGGAUUUGAUGAAUCUCAGUUAACCUAUAAAGAUUCAGUUUUAUAUUUACUCGAACCCAGAGAAUUGGAAUUUGGCAGAAGACGCAUAACUGAUAUGAAUUGGUCUUCAAAGGUUUAUCACAUUAAAGAAUCAUUAAUACAAAAAAAUCAACUGGUGUUAUACUGGCUUAUAGAUGAAAAUAGAGAUGGUUUUGAAAGAUCAUUUGUAAAUGAACAAUUGAUAAAAGUUGGUAAAGUUGUGUAUCCCCCUAAAUGGAUUCUUAAACAAUAUUAA